CCAAAUCUUGAAAUUCUUUUUUACAAAUUCAAUGUUUUAAAAUGUGCCGUAAAUAUUGGUUGCUAAUUUGCAAAUUUUAAAUAAAUCCUGCGUGUUUUACUCUUAACUCUCUCUGUGAUCAUGCUUUAUAUAUAUCUACAAAGAUCGAAUAUGCAAGUUGAGCACGCUAGGAAAGUAAUAAGAGGUUAUCGUGUUCAAAAUGUAUCGGAAAACAAGAAGGUAAGGCUUGACAAAGAGGACGAAAGCAGGAAUAAGGACGAUUUCCAAGGAUUUUACGGACAUCCAGUAUAUAAUCUACAUGUUAAAGUGUACCCUUCAUUAAAUAAAGUUAGUGACAUAACAAAUGUCAAGCUACCAGACCACUUUAGGCUUACAAAUAAAACUCGUAACAAACACAAAGUAAAGAGAACGAUAAAUGAACAAAACUCAGUAUUUAAAACUAGUCCCGAAGAAAACGUUGGAGAAAACGACGAUGUAAAUGUAUUGAAAGUAAAAAAGAAAAAGAAACAUGAAGAGGAGGAGAAGGACGAGUACGAAUUAACGUAUGCUGAAGACUUCCCUUUCUCUGUGCUUCUGAUACUAGUUAAGAAUGGGAAUGACGAGCAGGGCAUCUGUACAGGAACGAUUAUAUCAGAAGAGUGGGUGUUGACGGCGGCGCACUGUCUGGACGAAGUAGAGAAGUAGACGGAGUUAUUGUCUACGCCGGAGGGAACUCUCUCCAGGAGUUCGAAGACUACGCAAGUGGCGAAGACCAGCUUCCAGAAACAGCACAACUGGUGAAGAGCGCAUAGUUGAUAAUUCACCCAAACUAUGAGAGUGAAAAGGGCGAUGGAGACGUAGGGCUUAUUAGAGUGGAUGAGAAGUUUGUUUGGAACGAGGCUGCUACUCCGAUCAACCUGACGACAACUCCGUUCAAGCAGUCUUUUAAAGGAUGGGCCGCAUGCGAACUGACGGGGUUUGGCGUAGUCGAAGACAACACUCGCAGUGAUGACGACACGAAGAGGAAAAAGUACAGUUUUAAAAUUAAAUCAGGCUGUUG